ACCUGAGGCCAUUAGCUCUUCUGGGAGUUGUCCAAGCAGCUGAUAGGGGAAAACAGCACUGUGUUCCGUGCCCACACAGAAUAUGGAAGCUAAAUCUUUGUUUUUAAUGUAAAUAUUUUAUUUAGAAUUUGGCAGUUGAAACAGAUGCUGUGUCUUUGUGGACAAAAUACUUGGAUAAUUUUGCAACAUGACAAUAAAACAAAAGAAAGGUCCUCUUUAAUCAUUCCUCACUUGCCAUUUUUUGCUUAUUAACCUAAGAACUGCACAGGUAUUUUGCAGUUUAACUUAUCAAGCCUGCCCAGCGAAUACCGUCAACAGGCAGAUUCCCUUAACUGCCCAUAAAAUCCUACGUGCAUCAGAAGAAAUCCUCUUCAGAAAGCACAGGGAACACACGCAUUCACGGUCUCCCGAACUUUCGCUGUAAAUUCAUUCCAAAGGCAAGUGAACCAAAUGCUCAGAAGCUGCGUGUGAACAAAACUGCCAAUCGUCCAACUUUAAUAAACUUUUUUUUUUUUUUUUUUUUUUUUUUUGAAGAAAAAGCCCUCCCAAAUUCCUACACGGGGUUUCAGAAGCCUCUUGGAGCCCUUUCCACCGGACCGGCACUAACCGCUAUCCUAAUUCAACUCGGAAAGUUCCUUUUUCCAAGUGACUAGGAAGAGGUUCUUCCUGGUACUUCGCUCAGCCUUACUUUCAAGGAAGCCGGGCUCUCGGGCCCUUGGUCUACGUUUCUCCCAGAAAAAUGUGGGGCCCAUGUGAAUGGAAACCACCACACACACCGUGUGGAGACACAUGCCAAUGAUUCACCUCGUUUCCAAACUAAAACUUCUGCGCUUCAGGAAAACAGCAAGCGUUCCAGUCUGCGAGGCCCUCCCCCACCCCGUCCCUUCCUAGAAGAAAGGGCUUUGUGUGUGCGGUGAGGGCUCCGUUCUUCGAGUUCAUAAAUGCACAGCGGCCGGGGGCCUGGAGGCGUGGGGCGCCGGGCCCUGCCCACUCCCUUCCCCCUGCCGGCGGCGCGGAGUCAGGAGGCUGGUGCGGGAACCGGGGCCACCGGGCGCCGCGGCCCGGCAGCCGGGAGGAAAAGGAUGCCGCGCCGCCGGGGACCAGAGGGCGGGGCCGGGAGGCACGGACCUCGGCGGGACCCAGCGGGCCCGGGCGGGCGCACCAGCCGCCCUUUGUCCUCCGCCUCCGGGUUGCGGGGCCCGCGGCUACCUCCAGCGUUCGCCCCCUGGUCCUCGCCCGGGUUCCCUGCCCUGCCCACCCAUCCUCCGGCCCUGGCACUCCGCCGCCCGCCCUUCCCGCUCUGAGCCUCGGAGCGCCGGACCUCGCGGCUCCCCUCGGCCGCCUGCCCCCGAUUUCCCCCGGAGGAGGCUCGCGAAGGUGGAGGCGGCGGCGGCGGCUGCGGAGGAGGAGGAGGAGGCGGCCGCCACGUGACACUCCUCGCCACAUUCCACCACAGCCGCCAGAUCGAUAACUUCAGUGCCCCCCGCCCCCGCCGCAGCCAACUAGUGCGCCCCCAAAAUCCCGCACGCACACCCCGCAAACUUCCCUCUCCAAUGGGGACGACGGAGAGCUGGACCCCACCGCGAAACGAAGAGGACUCCAGGGGCGGCGGGGAGGAGUAGGAAGGGGGGGCGGUCAACUUCUGGGAAUGGCCAAGAGGGGUGCCCUGAGGCCCGAGCCGGGGUCUGGUCCCCUCGACCAGCGGCCCAGGUCUGUUUACUCCGGUGGCGCGCGGAGAGGACCUGAGCGGGGCACGGGCGGGCGGGACCCCAGGCCACGUUUGUCACGAACGGGGGCUGCUCCCACCUCUCCGAGAUGACUUUUUUCUUCUUCCAAAGAAAAGGAAAAAAGAAGCAUCGCACGGUUUUGUGUAUUUAUUUUUUGCGAAAACACACAACAGAAACUUUUUCCUCCAGCCCAGAUGUAAGAUCUCAGACGGGGGAUUUUUUUUUUCCUCCGUCUCCUGAUGAUUUCCUUUUUUUUUUUUUUUGGUGGUGGUGGUUGUUUUUUCUCGCCCACUGUCUACCACCGCCCCAUUCGGGGAUCCUCCUCCUGUCUUCGUCUCCCCCCACCCCGACACCUCACCCUCGCUCCACCUGGGGGCUCAGCGGGGAGGGGAGCGCGCGCGCCCCCGCACUCACACUCACACUCACGCGCGCACACGCCUCGCGGCCACGCAGUCCUCGCUCCGCUACCCACAGUGACACUCGCGGACGGGGGAAAGUGGGGAGCGGGGGGUUCCUCCUUACCUUUGAGGGAUCUCGGUUUCGCUUGCUUGCGGCGAGACAUCCUAAAAGCAAACAGCUGAAGUUGUUUCAAUUCAGCCCUGUAAGAAACUACACUUCCUCGUGGCCGCGCGCCCCUCGGGCCGCGGCGCCUCGCGCCCUCCGCUCGGCCUCCCUCGCGCCCUCGCUCCGCGCUCCGCUCCUCGCUCCGGCUCCGGCUCGCGCUCGCGCGCGGGGCUCGCGGCUGCCCGGGCUCCGCGCUCUGCACGACGGCGGCGGCGGCGGCGGCGGCUGCACCAAACUUUCCCAGCCUUCGACCCCCACCCCCAAUCUCCAAGAAAAAAAAAAGGAAAAAGAAAAAAGGAAAAGGGGGAAAAAGGCUUAA